UCCCGUCCACAAAUCAGGCACAGGCCCUUGGUCUGGGAAGACGCCAGACCAAGGGCGCAGUCCUUGGUCAGCUAAGUUGCAACUUGGGGGCCUGAGUUCUGCUCUCACUCAUGCUCCCUACCAGCGCCCCCCGUGGUGCGCACCUGGAGUCUCCCCCGCCCCCGCACCUCCUGCCCACCCCGCCCCGGCCCCCAGGACAGCCAAGCUCCUGCCGCAUGCGCACCUCAGCUGACCCAACCCCCAGCAGCCGGUGAUAAACCCCCAGAGAGCAUGUAUCCGGACUCUAGUCCUGACCCGACGCCAGAGUCGCCCUAACGGUGCCACAUUGCGGGCCGCCGCUUCUAGCCCGGAGUCCAGAGCCGGGGUCUCGGGAGAUCCAGGACAGCCUCCGCUGAAGGCACAGCCUCCUGGACAGCGGUCGGAACAUGAAGCCUCAGCCGCAGCGUGGCCACAAUGCCGAUGCCAACACCGACGCGGCCGUCGUGGGCUUCCUCAGGCUGGGGGUCAAGGAGAAUCGGGAAGAAGCUCAUGAGGCUGAGCCCGCGAAGGUCUCGCUUCCUGGAGAGAGGGGAGAGGAGCCGAAGGCUCAGUCCGAACCUGAGCAGGGAGCAGCCGCGGAGGGGAAAGAGGCGGGAUAUGAAGGAGAAGAAAAGGAAGGCGGCGAUGUGGGCGCGGGAGAUGCGGGCCCCCCGGAUGGGGAAAGCCGCGAGGCCAAGGCUGAGGUAGAGGCUGAGGCGGGCGCGAGCGGCGGCGAAGGUGGAGAGAAGGGCGGGGAGGAGCAGCGCCCGGGAGCCGCCGUCGAGGUUCGGAAGGCGGCAGACAGGCGCCACCGAGUCUCCCGGCACACCUUCACGCUGGAGCAGCUGCGGGAGCUGGAGGCAGUUUUCCACCGCACUCCGUAUCUCAACGUGGCCACGCAACAGGAGCUUGCAAGACGCAUGGGAGUGACUGAAGAUUGAAUGCAGGUGUGGUUUAAUCAUAGAAGGGCCAAGUGGAGGAAAUAUCAGAGAGCACUGAGGUUCAGAGAUGCGCCGCCCCUGCUCCCGGCCCACCGUGUGGUCAGCAACAGGGGUGGACCCUGCAACACCGUCCUCAUUCAGGAGCUGAAUUGUGUCUGGGCCCUUCUGGAGCCGAUACCCUGGAGCUGAUGCCCUUGCCGCCCGUGUCCCCCUUGAUGCUGCCCGUGCCGCCCUUGAUGCCCAUGCUGCCCUUACCCCCUCUGUUUCUGCCUCCUCUGCCCUGGAUUCUACCACCCUCCAUUCACUCCAGCUGCCCUCACGGCCUUGCCUGGUCCCCUACCACCAGUGGCCUUUCUGUAGCCCCGUUUCCUCUUGAAUGGUCUCCAUGACAGCUUUGUCGAAAGUGCCUUUGAGCCAGAUUGAAGUUCUGAUACCUCAGCAUCAAGCACACAGGGCCUGCCACGUGCCUGCCAAGUGUGCUACAUACACGUGCCGAGUCAUUGACCCACUAUUUUAGGGCGCGUUUUCUGUGUUUUCAAUAAAGUUGUGAAUUCUCUGCAUAUUUGUUCUGUGUGUCACAUGGGGUUAUUGCAUCUGAUGGAAACUGCUGAUCCACAGUCACCAUCAGUAGACCACACACAUCUCUGAAGUAUCCCAGGUGCCCAGGAGGGGUGUAC